AUGCCUGAACCGUACGAGGAACGUACGGGGCGCCGGCAAACCGGACCGUUUGCUGGUCAAACGAAAUCACCGACAGAUCGAGACGGUCGAGCGGUCACAUUCGAAGCUGGGGCGAAACAGCCUGGAUACGUACCUCCGCUGUCCGAUCAUCUUUCGCCAAACCAAGCACACCUUGGGUCAACAUCCGCUGCCAGUCAGCCUUCAGCCGAGGAUUACCUGCAAAUGGGUAUCGACAAGCAUGAAAAGAGUCAAGGUGACGAAGAACUCUCCGAAUCUGCCCAUUAUUUCCGCAAAGCUGCAGAAGGUGGAUCUGCGGCUGGCUGCGUUUUCUAUGGAUUGGCACUUCGGCACGGAUGGGGAGUCCAACGGGAUGAAAAGCAGGCCUUUGGAUGGCUUGAGAUGGGAUGCGCUACGGUUAUGCAAAAACCUUCCACCGACAUCGUUGACUUGGACCGUAGACAGAGCUUGAUGCCGAUGGGAACGCAGAACAAACUUAGCGCGGAAGUGAUCAUGGCAAUCUAUGAGGUUGGCAACUGCUUCGAGCACGCUUGGGGCGUUCCUGGUACCAAACGAAAUCAGCCAAACCAUCAAAUGGCUGCAAUGUAUUAUCGUCUGGGUGCAGAGCAGGGAGACCGAGAUAAUCAAGAGCACCUAGCGAACCUCCUCAGCCAAGGGAAAUAUGGGCUGAAGAAGGACAUGUGGGAAGCUGCGUUUUGGUACCGCGCAGCUAUUGACAAUGGGCUCUCCCCGAUUGGCCUGUCUUGGGUGUACAAGGUAAGGUUGCUUGCGAACCAAAUUCGGGCGGGAUGGCCCUGA